AUGAAUCCACCGAAAAUCGUCGUCUUCGGCACUAUCAUACAGGACCUGAUAAGUUACACUGAACGAUUCCCUCAACCAGGUGAAACUGUUCGAGGAACGGAAUUUUUAUCCGCUAGAGGCGGCAAGAGUGCUAAUCAAGCAGUCGCAGCCGCUCGCCUCGGAGCUCAAGUUACACUUAUUGCUAAGGUAACAACUCUUUUUUGGUAA